GUUUCUCUGACGUUAUAUCCGGUGUUCGUCGCGGCGUCAAGUCGAUUCCCCUACUACAAUUACACGUUUAUUAACUAUUGGAAGGCUCCUGAAUCGAUCGAGCUAGACUGUAUUGGGGUUUGCUAGAAUUGGUGCGGGGACUAAAGCUCCAAGAUGGACAUCCCCACCCCUCCUGAAGACCAGGAGCUGCGAAACGUCAUCGACAAAUUGGCCCAGUUUGUCGCAAGAAACGGACCCGAGUUUGAAAAGAUGACGAUGGAGAAGCAGAAGGAUAAUCCAAAGUUUUCUUUCCUCUUUGGGGGCGAUUACUUCAGCUACUACAAGUGCAGGCUGGCCAUGGAACAACAACAGCAUCCCUCUACCCACGAUGGGGAGGAAUAUAAAUCUGAAGAUCUGUACAACCCAGGAGCUAAAGACAUGAUGGACAUUCCUCCCCCACCCUUGGCCAUGAUUCCCCCGCCACAGAUCCCUCCCUCCACCCCAUCUAUGGAUGAACUCAACCAGCAGUAUCAAUGGAACCUCCAGCAUUUGAACACGCUAAGACAGGAACAAGUGAGUGCAGCUGUCGCAACAGCUAUGGAGCAGCAGGUCCAAAAACUGUUGCUGGACACUCAGUUGGACAUUACAGAGUUUGACAAUCUUCUGCAGCCCAUCAUAGACACCUGCACCAAGGACGCCAUCUCUGCUGGCAAGAACUGGAUGUUCACCAACGCCAAGGGUCCGCAGCAGUGCGAGCUGAUGACAUCUCACCUCCGCAACCGCAUCACCGCAGAAGACGCUCACUUCGAGCUCAGGCUACAUCUCAUCUAUUUAACAAAUGAUGUCCUCCAUCACUGCCAGAGGAAACAGCAGAAGGAUUUAUUGGCAGCAUUACAGAAAGUAGUGGUUCCUAUCUACUGUACCAGCUUCCUGGCAGUUGAGGAGGAGAAACAGCAGAAGAUUACUCGGUUGCUGCAGCUCUGGGAGAAGAAUGGCUACUUCGAUGAUGAGACCAUUCAGCAGCUUCAGAAUCCAGCCCUUGGUCUUGGCCAGUACCAGGCGUCUCUUAUCACAGAGUUUUCCGCUGUGGUGCAGCCCAUCCAGUUGGCCUUCCAGCAACAGAUCCAGACUCUCAAGACACAACACGAGGAACUAAUGACAAACAUGAAGCAACCCCCUCCUCAAAGUACUCCUGUAACCCAGCUGCCCCCUCCUGUUGAGCAUGAGAAGCCUCCACCUAUGACCUCACAAGCUGCAGAAGUGAAACCUCCAAUGACUGGUCCUCCACCUGGAGACUAUGAUGAAGCACCAUCCAGACCACCUGAUCCAAGUGGGGGACCCCCUGAUAUCCCUCCAGGCAAACCCGGGUGGUUUGACCCUCAGCAUAUGGGCCCCUGGAACCCUAACCAGCCACCACCUUUUGACCCAAACCAGCCGCCACCAUGCCCCCCAUGGAACAGCCAUGACCCAAUGUGGAAUGAGCAGCGGGAGCCACCCAACUGGAGUGGUGGUCCACCCAGAGACGGAGGACCUUGGAGUGGCCCUGGUGGUUCUGAUCAAGGUCCACCAUCUUGGAACCAGUAUGACCAACAGCCACCUUGGGGGAACCAGCCAGAACAGCCCCCAUGGGGUCAGAGAGAGCCGCCCUUUGGUCCACGGAUGCAGAGACCGCCGCAUUUCAGAGGACCCUUCCCACCACACCAGCAGCCCCGUCACUUCAACCAGCCCCCUCCACCACCACACAACUUUGGGCGUUUCCCUCCCCGCUUCAUGCAAGAUGACUUUCCGCCGAGACACCACUAUGACAGGCCACCAUACACGCCUCACCGGUUUGACUUCCCCCCGGGAGACUUUCCUGGUGGUGAAUGUAGAGACAUGCCUGGUCCACCUCCUCCGCACCACCAUGGAAAUCAGAGACUCCCUCCGCCAGGUAUGGGGGCUGACCAUCCUCCAUGGGGUGGCGGUGGCGGUGGCGGCGGCGGCGGCGGGGGCGGCGGUGGUGGUGGUGGUGGUGGAGGGGGCCAACACGCAGACUUUGGGCCGCCCCCUCAUGGCUUCAAUGGUCAUUCACCUCACGUGCGUCAAAGGCCACAUCCAGUCCAAGAUGACCCCAGUCUAGUACCCAAUGUUCCCUACUUUGAUCUUCCUGCGGGUCUGAUGGCGCCACUGGUUAAACUUGAGGACUAUGAUUACAAACCUCUGGAUCCAAAAGACAUCAGGUUGCCUCCACCUAUGCCCCCAAGUGAGCGUCUACUGGCUGCAGUAGAAGCCUUUUAUAGCCCACCAUCUCAUGAUCGCCCCCGUAACAGCGAAGGUUGGGAACAGAACGGCUUGUAUGAAUUCUUCAGGGCCAAGAUGAGAGCAAAGAGGAAAAAAGGACAGGAGAAAAGAAACAGCGGUCGUGGUGGCAGUAAGUCAAGAAGUCGCUCUGGCAGCAGAGGAAGAUCAUCGUCUCCCUCCAGCUCACGAUCCUCCAAGUCGUCACGCUCCCGAUCCCGCUCCUCACGAUCUCGUAGCCGCUCACGCUCCUACUCAAGGUCCAGAUCAAGGAGUAGGUCCAGGUCGUCUCGCAGUCGUUCCCGUUCCAGAUCCAGAUCUCACUCGCCUGCUAAGAGACGACGUGGCCACAAAUCUCGGAGCUCCUCUCCAACCACCACAGCAGGUCUGGGUUCUGGUCCUGCCAAACUGCCUCCCGACAGCAGACUUGGUGAGGAGAACAAAGGCCACCAGCUGCUGAUGAAAAUGGGCUGGAGCGGCUCUGGUGGUUUGGGGGCAAAGGAGCAGGGUAUUCAAGAUCCCAUCAAAGGAGGUGACAUCAGAGAUAAAUGGGACCAGUACAAAGGUGUGGGUGUGUCACUCAAUGACCCCUACGAGAACUACCGCAGAAGCAAGAGCUACAACUUUGUCGCCCGUAUGAAGGCACGAGAAGAAGUGAAUCGGGAACCUCCUGAGGCCCCUCCCACCGAUUAACAUUUUCAGCGUUUUACCACUUCCACAAAACAUCCAAGUCUUUUCGUCAGCUUGCACCUGGUUCACAAGUCGUACCCACAAACUAGAGUGAGGAGUGUCACACAGGAGAUGAACAGACCUCUAGUGCUCCCAUGGAAAUGGCUCAAGACAUUUGAGUUGAUUCAAUAAAGAAAGUGUGUUGACCUGUAGAGAAUAAACUGAAUGUCAUAUUUCACAGUAAGGUAGCUGCUGCACUUCUCUGGACCCAUGUCUCAUGAGCCCCUCUCAACUCAACACAUGUACUAACCGACUCUUUAAGUGUCUUCUUAUUUUUUAUUGUGAAUGUUUCUGUUAUUGCGUCAUAUUUGUGUGGCGAACAAAUCAAACAAACUUCAUGAAUAAAAACGUCCA